GCGCAGCGCAGCAAAGCAAAGCAAAGCAAAGCGAGGCGAGUCAAGCGAAGGCUGGAGGGCUCCGAGCGUCGGGCGCAAGGCGCACACAGCGCAUCGGGGACUUCUCUUUCCUUGCCUUCUUACGCUCCCCCCGAGGGUGGGGGACGGAGGGAGGGGGACAUGCAGGCGGAAUCGGGAAUCGUGCCGGACUUCGAGGUCGGCGAAGAGUUUCACGAGGAGCCCAAGACCUACUAUGAGCUGAAAAGUCAACCCCUGAAAAACAGCAGUUCUGAGCACCCCGGAGCUUCGAAGCCUCCGCUAAGCUCCUCCAGUAUGACAUCGCGGAUUUUGCUACGCCAGCAGCUCAUGCGUGAGCAGAUGCAGGAGCAAGAGCGCCGAGAGCAGCAACAGAAACAGCAAGCAGCCCAGUUCAUGCAACAGAGAGUGGCCAUCAGUCAGACACCAGCCAUCAACGUCAGCCUUCCCACAAGCCUUCCUCCUGCUACUCAGGUACCAAUGGAAGUCCUUAAGGUGCAGACUCACCUGGAAAAUCCUACCAAGUACCACAUCCAACAAGCCCAACGACAACAAGUCAAGCAAUAUCUCUCCACUACAUUAGCAAACAAGCAUGCCAAUCAGGCACUAAGCUUACCGUGCCCAAACCAACCAGGGGAUCAUGUUAUGCCACCUGGUACAGGAAGCAGUGCACCCAACAGCCCGAUGGCUAUGCUUACACUUAAUUCCAACUGUGAAAAAGAGCUGCCUGUUGACACUCUCAGAGAACUCCAAAAGGGCUUCUAUAAAUUUGAAGAACAAAAUAGCAGGGCAGAGAAUGAAUGCCAGACUCUGAAUACACAUUCACGAGCAUCAUGCAUGCAGAUGGAUGAUGUAAUUGAUGACAUAAUUAGUUUGGAAUCAAGUUAUAAUGAAGAAAUCUUUGGUUUAAUGGAUCCUGCACUACAAAUGGCAAAUACGUUACCUGUCUCUGGCAAUCUGGUGGAUCUUUAUGGCAACCAAGGUAUGCCUCCUCCAGGUCUCAACAUCAGCAAUUCUUGCCCUGCUAACCUUCCUAAUAUAAAAAGGGAACUUACAGCAUGUGUAUUUCCCACAGAGUCUGAGGCAAGAGCAUUGGCCAAAGAGAGACAAAAGAAAGACAAUCACAAUUUGAUUGAGCGAAGAAGACGAUUCAAUAUUAAUGAUCGUAUAAAAGAACUUGGCACCUUGAUACCCAAGUCAAAUGACCCGGACAUGCGUUGGAAUAAGGGAACUAUUUUAAAGGCCUCUGUGGACUAUAUCCGCAAGCUGCAAAGAGAACAGCAACGUACAAAAGAACUAGAGAAUAGACAAAAGAAAUUGGAACAUGCCAACAGGCAUCUUUUGCUCAGAAUACAGGAACUUGAGAUGCAGGCUCGAGCACAUGGACUUUCCAUUGUCCCAUCUACAGGCCUUUGCUCACCAGAGAUGGUAAACAGGAUUAUCAAGCAGGAGCCCAUCCUCGACAACUGCAGCCAAGAGAUCUUGCGACAUCACCCAGAGCUGUCUUGCACAACCACUCUUGACCUUACUGAUGGCACCAUCACUUUCAAUGACAGCUUGGCAAAUGUGACUGAAUCAGCAGCUGGCACUUACACUGUCCCUACAAAACUGGGAUCCAAACUGGAAGACAUCUUGAUGGACGAUACCCUCUCUCCUGUUGGAGUUACUGACCCACUCCUUUCAUCAGUGUCUCCCGGGGCUUCAAAAACAAGUAGCCGAAGGAGCAGUGUCAGCAUGGAAGAUACUGACCACGCCUGUUAGUGGAUAUUAUUAGAAAGGCCUUUUGUGAACUUCUUUAUUUCUUGAUCAGUAGAUUAAGUAAUUUGCUUUUUUUCUUAAUAACUAUCUUUUAAUAUAAAUCUUCAUAUAGCCCAGUGUAUGUGACUUUUUUAAUGUUUGAAGAGACUUGUAUAUUCUAUUUUAAAGCUACCAAUGCUUCCAAAGUAUUGUACUGCAUCUAUGAACCAGAUUCACCAAGAACUUCAAACAAGUUGUGUCUACUUGAAAGCAAUAGAGAUAUACAAAUCCACAAGUCCAUGAUCCAUUCAAGGUGAAGCUUGAGUACAACUGUAGUUAUGCCCACUAACCUGGAAAUGAAUUGUAGAAGAAUGUAAAGAAACCAAAAAACCAAAUGUUGCGAACUAUUUGUGUUGAUUUAAUAGUGCCUGCUUUUAAAGAUACAGUACCUGUUAACACAAUUUAACCUUUCUCAAGGCAUUAUAUAAUGCAUAUAUGUAAACAGGCCAAUUGUUUAGAAUCUAACUCAUAGUGGAUUAAAGUAUAAGCAAGAAAUGAAGGUGGGAAAUACCCAGACAAAGAUGGUGUUUAAAGCUUUUUUUUCCCCUCUCUCCUGGCCCUUGAGUCAGGGAAAAAUCCUUCUAACUUACAGUUCAAAUUCUUCUUUUUAAAAUCACUUUUAAUCAUGCCAAGAAAACUGUUUGGGUGUGUGCAAGACUGCACAUCAGUGCAAUACUGGUGUACAUUUCAACUCUUAACAAAAAAAAUUGUACUUUCUGUCAACUGAAUGUUGGGUUUUAUUUUUAUUUUUGAAAAUAGCAUUGUACAGUUAUCUGAUUUGCAUGAAUUUUUCAGUUAUUUUAUUUUUCAUUUAGAGUACAUUUGCAUUUUAUUUGUGAGAAUAUGCCUCUAGCUAUUGCAUCUACAUUUUUUGACAUUUGAAACCCCACUGGAGGGGUUAUUUUGCGUUCUUUGUACACUCUUCAAAGUAAGCUUUUGUGCAGGUUCCUGUCUUUUCAAGAGUGGUUUUGUGACUAUAUUGUAAAUUACAGUCUCACUUGGAAGAAAUGCUUUAACAUGGACAGAUCUUUAAAUUAUAGUACAAAUUUAGUCUAGUUAACAAAAUGGAGCUCUGUAUAAAACAAAAUGGGGGGUGGGGCGUGUCCCUGAACUUAACAUAUUUAUUUUUUAGUGAUACAGGUCAAAUAGUAAUAUGCUUGGAAAUACAGUUGCUAUAUCCUUAGUGCAUCUGUUUAGAUUCUUGAGCAUCAAGGUUGGAAAAAAAAUGACUAUAUCUGCAGGUAACUGUUACUUGAUCCCAAUGUUGUUAAGAUUUUAACAUGCAACAAUGUUGUUACAAGAGCAUGUUCUGUGCAUUAUCUACUCCAGCGUAGCCCUAUGCAAUAACAGUAGUGAUACUUGUACAAUUAUCAUGCCUAAAUAUUUUAUACAGUGGUUGUAUAGUCAUACCAGCUGAGCAAGUUAUUGGCUUCCUCCAUAGCGGCUACCAGUUGUCUUGCAAGGAAGCAUAUCUCAUUCGGAAUGAAGUGCCUUAAACUUAGCCGUGGUCUUCAUAGAGAUCCUUCAUGAACUGACUGAAGUAUGACAUAUGAGAAAAUUUGCAGGAGGGUGUUAGGGUUGUGGUAGUUGGGUGUAGCAUUGUGUCAUAAAGCAAGAGCUUCCAGUUCUUCACCCCAACCCCUUGCUAACUCUGAGAUAUUUAUUGAAGUCUUUGACUUCUUUUUUGUGCCAUCUUUGCUUAAGUGCCCAGGAAAUCUGGGCAAUGGUCAGCUAAUAAGUCUUGAGAACUCCAGUGUGAAAUGGUGGUCAGCAUAUUGCAAAGUACAAGACAAGUCCAAAUGGCAAUUAGCUUCUUUACCAUUUCAUUUUCUGAAAUUUUAUUGGAAACCCCCACCCCUCAUCCCACUAAGGUUGAAUUGUGCUCUUUUUCCAGUUAACUGUGGGGGCAAAGCCUGAAUCUAAUUUCACUUUUACAACUUUCUUGAGGAUCCCUGUGGAAAACAAAAUAAUCAGAGGCAGGAACUCUGACUGGAAAAAUAGGAACAUAUUUUCUCUUAACUUGAAAAUAUCUUUCACUUAGUAAUUACUCAGAGUAGUGUGUGCGUGUGUGUUGUUUCAGAUUGGUUAUACCUGAGCACUGAUUAUUUUCAUGGGUGACAGUCUCUGUUAUAGAAGCAGGAAUUGGAACUCUGUUCUUGCCAUGGUAACUGGUUGGCAUAGUUUUCACAGCAAGUCUCCUUCUCUUCAGCAUCAUCUGGAUAUUACUGUUUAGGCACAUCUGAACAUGCUGCAGGUUCAGUGGUGAAUGUGCAGUCUGUAAUUGCCAAAUACUGUCUGCAAAAUACUGUAGCUAGAAUUUUAUUGUGGAGAGGAUGCAUGAUUUCAGUAUGGGAGAAUUAGGUUCAAAUCCUAGCCCAGAUGUUCAUAGUCUUCUUCAAAGAAGGUAUUGUCCUACAAGGUUGUAGCCUAUACCUUAAAAAGUAAAUAGUAAUUAGAGAGCUGAAGUGGUGUGUGCUCUUCACAAUUUAGCUUUUCUUGAUGCAGGAUUUUGAUGUCAGUACAAAUAGUGCCAAUUAUGCACGGUUAAGCAAGCUUAUAUAUUUGCCUAUUUUGCACAAUCUGUUAGGUGUAAUUCAGUCAGUAGAGGUAUCAGGAUUGAAACUGUAUCCCUUCCACACGCAUGCACACUCCACAACAACCAGAACACUAAAAAUCUUCUCGGCCUCCCCUCAAUGGAGAAUUAAUCAGCCACUGUUUACAUGUUUCCAAGCCUGAUUUAAAACCAAAGGGCUAGGAACUUGUCCUUUGUUUUAAAAAGAAAAUAAACCUGAAUUUUUUAGGAUGCUGAGCUCUGCACUGAAUAUGUAUCAGAUUUUGUAACUGUGGGGUUGCAGCAUAGCCAAAACCUUGAUUAUAGCUCAGAAAUGAGCCAUAUUUCCCAGCCAAAUGGGCUAAGAAAAGCUACACAACAGUGAUCAGUUUUGUAGGUUUUGUCACAGGAAAUAAAGACACUUUGGAAACAAUGAGAUGAUCCUUACCCUUUGACUGAAUUGAUUGCAAUCUCAACCAUGGCACUUAGCUGACCGCACCACAUUUAUACUAGAAAUGUGAUCCACCAGGUUUAGGUUUCUGCUGGUUGAGACUUAUGGCUCCUAUCAACCAGAUAAUUCUGUUUUCCACAUUUUCUGUUAAGAUAUGCUUACCUUUCUCAACCCAUAAUCCAUUGCACUUUUCCCACCUAAUUUUAUUUGGAUUUCCUCAUACCAGAUCCCCUUUAUUUGAAGAGUGAGGUUUCAUAUCAUACACAUGCAGUUCUUGCCAUCCCAUAAUAAGAAGAGUUGACAAGGUUUUGCAAGCAUAAAUUAAGCCUUUGGAUGAAGUUUAUUUAUUUAUCUUUAUUUGGAAACAAGGGCCACAGAAGUAUUUCGCACAUCUUAAGAAAAAGGCACCAAGGGAUUCCUUACAAAUAGUAGAACAUUGCAGAAAACAAGUGUGAUUGCUGUGAUACAUCUUCUCUUUAAAAUGAACAAUUUGGAUUAUACACCCCAGGGUAUGAAGAGGGUGCAACACUUGGUGUAUUGUGCUUGCCCCUACAUAUUCAUGUGUGGGGGAAAACAUGGAAUCUGCUCCCAUAUCAGUGGCAUGAUUGAGCAAUUCAGACAUACCUAUGUGACCAUGAACCUUCACUUCACCUGCAGUUGCCCACAGCCAUAUCAUCCAAAACUGGCUCAAUUAUUAUGUGAGCCCAGAUGCCAAAAAUAUAGAAACCGUCAUGAGACAGCUAACCAGAUACAUGAAGUCCUGAGCAAUUUUCUAGGGAUGUGUACGAGUAGUUUUGGGCAGCCGCAGGGGUGGGGACAGAGAGCAGUAUGAGGCUCCUCCCCCACUGUUCCGGUCAUGGCACAGCCGUGUCUAUCCUUUUGGGAAGGACAGCACCAUGACCGGAACAGCGGUGGGGUGGCAGAGGAGCAGGUAAGGACCUGCGUGCCUCAUUUUUAAAGCAUUCUUAAAGCUACCCACCACUGCAACCUUGCCUCGCUAAUGAAGCACUGAAACAAUUUGGGCACAUCCUUACAAUUUUCACUUUUACUAUAACCAUGAAAGUUAUGUUAGUGCCAUGGAUUUCUUACUACUUUUAGAUAGAUAGAGAUAGCUAGAGAGAUAGAUAAAGCAAUAUUAACUCCGAUGCCUAUAAAGCCUUUAGGUAGUCUAUAGGAGAAAGAGCAAAGCACAAAAUAAUGCACUUACCAUAUUUUGGAUAUAAAAUGCACUGGUGAAAAAUGGAAAUUGAUGGUAUAAAAAGGCCUCUGUAUCUUGAAAAAGUGACAUGAAUUACUGCCUCUUGUUCUGGAUGCUUAGUACCAUGCUGUUAUUGAUCUUUUCACCUGCUGUUGGCCACAGCAAUAAGUUGUGUAUGGUCCAUAGCACUGUAAAUUAUGGAUCAAUAUUAAUGUAAGCUGAUUAAAUAAUUUGAACUGUUCCUAAUAGAUGGAUUAAAGCAUUUUGUUUUUCAAAUAA